UUAUUUUUUGACGGUUGUGUUUCAUUCCGAGAAAACUUUUUUUUUAUGUGCAUAAAAGAAAAUUUAUCUCUAUUUAGUCACAACUGAUAUGAUUUCUUUGUUUUCAAAGUAUUCAUAAAUAUAUAAAAACUAAAUUACCGCUAUAUAAAAUCAUUGUGUUUUCUGAUUCGCAUUUUAAAAGUGUCACGCGAAGAGUAAUAAUUUUAGAAAACGGCAGAUUUUUAAUGAAAAGUUUAAGUGACUGUCAAAACUCCUAAGAAGUAACCGGUUUGAAAUACAUAUUUUUCUUUGUAAAAGUAAAAAGAUGGUUAUUAACAAACUUCUACCUUGCAAAAUAAACAUAAUUAAAUCGAUAAGUGAAUCAAAUUGUGACGCUUAUUUAUGUGUUGAUGAACAAUCUUCGAAUUCUUUUUCUAAAACAUUCAAUAAAUAUCGUCUGUUUGACAAAGCAUUUGAUUCAGAAGUAUCAGUUUUGAAAGAUGACGAUAUUAGCAUGCCUGUUGUAUAUGCACCAGUUGGAAAUCUAACCGAUUAUCAUGAUGUAAGAGUAUAUCAAAAAGCUAUUGGAAAAGCUAUUAAUAGAGCAAUUAAAGCUGGCUUUAAAAAUCCUGCAUUGGUACUGCCAAGUCGAAAAAAUGAAAGGUUCCCUAGUUUGAUAUAUGCUAGCGUUCUAGGAGUUUUGCAUGAGCUAUACGUACCUAUUCAGUUUAGGGAGGCAGUUCCAACGUCUCAAGAAAGGAUAGAAUCUUUAUCGAUAAUCGUUGAGAAUGAAGAAGAGAAUAAGAGGGUACAGCAAGCUUUGUUAUUUGAGUCAGGAAAAUUUGUAGCACGUGAUAUUGGCGGUGGCGAUCCAGAGCGUAUGGCUCCCAAAAAUAUAGAAUCAUACAUCAAACCAUUGUUCAAAGAUUUGGAAAUUGAAGUUAUAAGUGAUGUACAAGUUUUGCAAAAAGAAUACCCUUUGUUUGCAGCAGUAAAUAGAGCAGCAAGUAUGGUUGAUAGACAUCAAGGACGCAUUAUAUUUUUAAAAUAUAAAGCAAGUAAAACGGCCUCUAAAAGUUUGCUGUUGGUUGGCAAAGGUGUAACCUAUGACACAGGUGGCGCAGAUAUCAAAGCCGGAGGAGUAAUGGCUGGCAUGUCUAGAGACAAAUGCGGUGCUGCAGCUGUAGCUGGUUUCAUGCAGGUUGUACAAGAAAUGAAACCAGAAAAUGUUAACGUUAUAGCAGCAUUAUGUUUGGUGCGAAACUCUGUUGGUGAAGAAAGCUACGUUUCUGAUGAAAUUAUUACCUCCAGAGCUGGAGUACGAAUUAGAGUUGGCAAUACCGAUGCUGAAGGGCGAAUGUGUAUGGCAGAUGCUUUAUGUCGUAUGAAGGAAUUGGCGAAAAAUCUGCCAGAUCCACACCUUUUCACUAUAGCUACAUUAACAGGUCAUGCUUGUAUAGCUGCUGGCAGUGGAUAUUCAAUUGUCAUUGAUAAUAGUGUAGCUCGAAAAGAAAAUCAUGAUCAGAAAUUGGCAUUUGUUGGUGAGGAAAUAGGUGAACCAUUUGAAAUAUCAAAAUUGCGGCAAGAUGAUUUUGAUUUCAAUGCUGGCAAAGCUUUGGGUGAAGAUUUAUUGCAAUGCAAUAAUUUGCCAUCAAGUAGAACUCCAAGAGGUCAUCAAGUUCCUGCCGCUUUUAUGAUUGUAGCUGCUGGUUUGGAUAAACAUGGUUUGAAUUCAGAUAAACCAUUAAAGUAUUCGCACAUUGAUAUAGCGGCAAGUUCUGGAGAUGUUCCCGAUACACCAACUGCAGUUCCACUAGUGGCUUUGGCCAAAACUCAUUUAUGUUAAUUACCUAAAUUAAUUAAUCAAAGCCUUAAAAAUAUGUGAAUUUUUGUUCAACUACUUCUACUUUAUUCUUGUGAUUAAAGAGCAUAGCGUUUUUUUUUUACGUAAUUACAUUAUUUUUCUAUAUUCUGUACUUAUUACAUAUUUGUUAGUACAAAAGAUAUAAUCACAUUUUUUAAUAUACAAUUUAAAAAAAAUUUUUU